AUGGACGCGUCCCCGCGCUGGACGGCGGCGCUCGAUGCAAGAUGGAUCGCGACGGCGACGUGUCUGGCCAUCGUCUGGCUGCUGCUGCUGUACCGCGUCUGGCGUUCCCAAGCAGCGCAGGCCGUCGCCUUCUCCCUUCCUGCCCCGGAGCAGUGCAAGCGCGGAUGGGUGGGAAGGGAGGUGGAGAGGGCGUCCAUCCAGGUGCCCGGCGGCUCGACUGCAAUCCAAUGCUACGCCCCGGCCACCGGUCACUUUCUAGGACUCGUCAAUCCCGCCACGCCGGAUGGCAUCGACCGAAUCGUCGCCAAAGCUGCCGCUGCUCAGCAACACUGGCGGCGAACGACUUUCGCACAGCGAAGGAAGGUCCUGCGGACUCUUCUCCAGUUCCUGCUCGAGAACGAAGAAGACAUUGUCCGAGCCGCAUGCCGGGACAGUGGCAAGACCCGUACGGACGCCAUCUUCGGCGAGGUCCUCGUUACGGUCGAGAAGAUCAAAUGGACCAUCAAGCACGGCGAGAAGGCGCUCCGUCCGGACAAGAGGCCUACGAACCUACUCAUGUUCUACAAGGACAACGAGAUCCGCUACGAGCCGCUGGGCGUCGUCGCCGCAUGUGUGAGCUGGAAGUAAGUGGAAGACCUCGGGACAUGUCGAGGCCACCUGUUGACACGCUCCCGAAGCUAUCCCUUCCACAACCUGAUGGGUCCCAUCAUCAGCUCCAUCUUUGCGGGUAACGCCAUCAUCAUCAAGAACAGCGAGCAGACGGCUUGGUCCUCCGCCUACUACUGCAGCAUCGUCCGAGAGGCUCUGCACGCCUGUCGCUGCGAUCCCAAUCUCGUUCACGCCAUCUCCUGCUGGCCGCCGACCGCCGACCACUUGACUUCGCAUCCCGGAAUUAGCCACGUGACAUUCGUUGGAAGCAAGCCCGUCGCCCACCAAGUCGCCCGGAGCGCGGCUAAGUCGCUUACGCCCCUCUGUGUUGAGCUUGGUGGGAAAGAUGCCGCCGUCGUCCUCGACCAGCCCAAUGGCCGCGCCAUGUCCAAAGGAGAAUUAGGACGGGUCGCCAGCAUCAUCAUGAGGGGUGUUUUCCAGUCAGCAGGACAGAAUUGUGUCGGCAUCGAACGUGUCAUCGCACUACCCGCAGCCUACGAUGCCUUGCUCGAGAUCCUGGAGCCACGAAUCAAAGCGCUCCGCCUUGGGAACGACCUUGACUGGGAGGAGGAUGCCCAGGAAGGAGUCGACGUGGGCGCGAUGAUCUCGCCCGCGUCCUUUGACCGUCUGGAGGGCUUGAUUGCCGAGGCCAGAGCACAGGGCGCGCGAUUACUGGCGGGCGGACACCGAUACAGGCACGGAAAAUACCCUCAAGGACAUUACUUUACGCCGACGCUGAUUGUGGAUGUCACGUCCCAGAUGCGCAUCGCUCAAGAGGAGCUUUUCGCUCCUGUAUGUGUCAUGAUGCGGGCGGAUAGUGUCGAGGAAGCAGUGAAGAUCACCAACAGCACCGAGUUUGGCCUAGGUUGUAGUGUGUUUGGUCCUACAUCGACUUCGAAAGCCCGCCAAAAUCUUCAACAGGUGACAGAUGCAGCCAAGGCAGGCAUGGUUGCAGUGAACGACUUCGCGGUGAGUAGAGUAUUCGGAAAUCUAGAGGCCUCGAUAAUAGCUGAUCAUCUCGCGUUGCAGGCGUAUUACGUCGUCCAGCUACCAUUCGGGGGAGUUGGCGGAUCAGGAUACGGCAGAUUCGCGGGCGCAGAGGGCCUGCGGAGUGUAUGCAAUGCCAAAUCGAUCUGCUCAGACAAAUGGCCCGCGAUGAUCCAGACGGCCAUCCCGGGACCUCUGGAUUACCCAAUGCGACCAACAUCCCACGAUACGGCACGUGCAAUGGUGGAGGUCGUGGGAUAUGAGGGCGCCCUUGGUAAAUUCCGGGGCAUCCGCAGGCUUGCAGGAUUCUGA